UCCGCUCCGUUCGGCUCCGCUCCUCUCGGCUCUGGUCCGCUAGGCUCCCAGCUCUCCGCUCCCGCUGCCGCCCUCCCGCCCGCCUCUGGGGGCAUGAGGCUCUGCUGGCGGACAGCGGGUCAAACAAAAGAGCCCCGGCUCGGGCUGUACGCCCCGGUGCCCAGCGCCCCCAACGCAGGGCAUGGAGACUGAGCGGAGCCGCCCGAGCCCGCGCCGCGCCCGGGGGAUGCCGCGGCCCCAGCCUUAGGGGAGCCCCGGCCGCCCUGCUGGAAGCUCGGGGCGCGGGCGCGGGGAGGACGCGGAGGAGGAGAAGGAGGAAGAGAAGAAGGAAUUGGAGGAGGACUCUCUCUGGCUCCCUGUUUCUCGCCUUCCAGCCAGCUCGGGGUGCGGAGCCGAGCCAGAGCGCAGCGCACUCGGAGCCCGAGUCGGAGCCGGAGUCGGGGCGGCGGCAGCAGUAACAGCCAAGGGGGCAGCGCCGCGGCGGCCGGUCCCACUGGAGCCAUGAGCAAGUGUAACGGGAGGUGCACGCUGGUCGGCUUCUGCUGCCUGCAGCUGGUAGCAGCCCUGGAACGACAGGUCUUUGACUUCCUGGGCUACCAGUGGGCUCCCAUCCUGGCCAACUUCCUCCACAUCAUGGCGGUCAUCCUGGGCAUCUUUGGGACCGUGCAGUACCGAUCCAGAUAUCUCAUCAUGUAUGCAGGCUGGCUUGUUCUCUGGGUCGGCUGGAAUGCAUUCAUCAUCUGCUUCUACCUGGAAGUUGGGCAUUUGUCUCAGGACCGAGACUUCAUCAUGACAUUCAAUACAUCCUUGCAUCGCUCCUGGUGGAUGGAGAAUGGCCCUGGUUGCCUGGUGACACCCGUGCUGAACUCCCGCCUGGCCCUGGAGGACCACCAUGUCAUCACCGUCACUGGCUGCCUGCUUGACUACCCCUACAUUGAGGUGCUCAGCAGCGCCCUUCAGAUCUUCCUGGCACUGUUUGGCUUUGUGUAUGCCUGCUACGUCAGCAAAGUGUUCCUGGAGGAAGAGGACAGCUUUGACUUCAUUGGAGGCUUUGAUUCCUACGGUUACCAGGCCCCUCAGAAGACAUCACAUUUACAGCUGCAGCCUCUGUACACGUCGGGGUAGCCCCCAGCAAGGCCCUCCCCGGCGCUGGACACCGGACCCCGCCCUCUGGACUUGACUGCGCUGCCGCCGGGGAGCCGCCUUCCUCUUCUCGCCCGGGCCGCCCGCUGCGCAUCCAGCCCCGCCAAGCUCUGCUUUGGGCCAGGCGCCCACGCCGCGGGGCGGCCACCCACGGAGCCACGGACAAGAGCGCCCCCUGCCGGCCGGCGAGGACACAGCCCCGAUUCGGACCUGCCGGCGGAGGAGGGGACUGGACCCUGAGCAGCUGGCCGGGCCCCUGGCUUAGCCCUGGGAACUUGGGGGGAGGGAGGGGAAGGGACUCGUGGAAUUUGUAUGUUUGUUUUUUUAAACUUAGCCCUGGUACUGAGCCUGUACCUCCCCUCUCUGAUCCUACCCGUCCUCCUUCCUGUACGUGGCAAUUGCAACCCCCUUCCACUGGGGAGCCCCUCCCCUCCGCAGUGGAGCCCCUCUCCUUUCUGUUGUGGGGGACCCACUUCCAGGAGGGCAGAUUGUCAAAGGGACCCCAAAGUCAAACAAUAACAUGUGAAGACUCCUGUUCAGCCCAGGCUCCAGCCCCAGCACUACCAUCCCCUUUCUUCCCCGCCUACACAUACCAUCCACACUUCAGCUCCCUCUCCUCCCCAUUAACCUGGUAUACCCCACCCGUCCAGAGCAGACAUCAGCCUCGUAACCCGCGUACACUGCUUCCAUCCUCCCUCCCUCACACAGCCCCGGAUCUCUUAGCUUUAUAUCUCUCCUCACCACCACUCAGGUACAGAGCCUCCGUCUUCCCCUAUUAGCCUCCCCGCACCCUACCGCACCCCCACACUCAUAUUCCUGCCGCACUGCCUGGUCUAUUUACCAGGUCUAUCUACCAAUGUCUCUGUCAAAGCAAUAGAGCAAUUCUUGGUGUUGGGGAAAAGUUGCCAGAGGCUGGUGAUUGGAGGGAGAGAAGUUUACCUUCAUAUAGGGAAUUCUUACCCACCUCUUCCAGAAAGGAAAGAAAAAUCUGAAACCAGUUCUUUCCUUUCUUGGGUCUUCUUGACCUGAGCCAGCCACAGUGAUUCUUCUCCUGCCUGGCCCAAACACCUCCUUCUUCCUCGUUUCUCAUCAUACCUUUCUUUUGUCCUCUUCCCCAGCCCCCCCACAGGCUGUGACCUAGACAGCCCCCCCAACACACACACACACACAUACACACACACACACACACACACACACACACACACACACGCCAUCUUGCAUCUUCCUGUCUUUGAUAGACCCCUUCAAGUUACCAUGGCCUCUAGGAUGGUAGGAAAAGAUCUCUCAGAAUAUAGAACCAGCUGCUGCUGGAGCCCUGGAAGAAAUGUCAAGGCUGAUUAACAUCACACACACACACACACACACACACCCUUCCUGGGUGACUCCUCCUUUCUGUAGGGCCUAUCAAACCCCCUUGGAACUCAGGAACCCAAGGCAUUGGGGAGUUUGGAGGCCACCCAAAUCUGACAUACUUUUCCACAUCUGUGACAUGUAAAGGAGGGGGAAAGGGUGCUGCGGGGGUGACCAGGAUAUUUGGAAGGGUAGAAUACCUAUUGCUUCUCUUUACUGUGGAACAUACUGGUGGGAGACAUCUUGUGGCCUCCUUUCCUUCUUCAGGGCAAGACACAGUUACCCAGGUGAAUUAGCCUUGCUUGGUAGGAGCAGUCGUACCAGGACUAAGUUCUGGAUGGGGCGCUUUGGACACCCAGCUCAGCCCUUAGUGUUCCCUCUUCUCAUCUGUAAAGAGGGUGCCAUUCUCGUUUCCUGGUGCUAGUCUAUCGGGCAAAAUGGAAGGACUCAGCAGAUUAGCUCUUGGGAGAGGAGGUGUAGACACUUGGGCAGAGGGUGGCCCUGUAGGACACAGGUGUCCCAAAGGGAAGAAGAACUGAGUCUCCUCUUGGCCUUUGGUGAUGAUAUCUUCUGGCCUCUCAGAUGACCUUUGGUAGCCACUAACCCCUCUAGGAGCACCGAGUCCCAACAGUUGGAUCAGUCCAUUGAUUGUCUGUGUCAGGACUUAGCAAUAGCCCUUCCCGUUUUCUGCCUGGACUCCAGCUCCCUUUCUUUGCCCCUCUGAAGCCUCCUUCCUAGGACUGGAGCCCUUGGCAAUCACAGCCCCUGCCUCUAGCCCGCUGGCCAGCCUGGGGAACAAAGAGGGAGGAAGCCUCUCCUUUCGGGUCAGCUCCCUCCUAGGCCUGGCUAGCAUUCCCUCUUACCUCCCUCCUAUCACUUCAAGCCCCUGGGCCAGAUGCUUCCAGACACACCCUCUGAACCGCCUUCCCUUGCCCAGGCUGGCUCCCCCACACAUCCCUAGCUUUCUGUUCUAUUCUCCCUCUUGGGCCAGAGCCUUCCUCUGCAUCUCCCCACCAUCCCCAAGCUGAUUUUCUCCUCACCCCCUUUCCACCCCACUUCCUCGUUUUUACUCUACAGGUUUAGCCACUGGUGCUUUGAAGCCUUUUGAUUUUUUAAGACAGUCUUUGUAAAGUGAAUUGCUUUCUUUUCUAAUUUGGGCCAGCAGGACACUACUCCCCCAACCGCCCGCCUUCCCCCCAAAGGUGCUCCCUGGUUUCUGUGCAGAUGGGUUGAUUAAAAACAGUGUUUUCUCUUU